GGGAUCUGGAUUUGGGGAUCUGGAUUUGGGAGUCUGCACUUCGGAUGCAGUUUAGAUGCAGUUUAGAUUCAGUUUAGAUUCAGUUUAGAUUCAGUUAAAUGCAACUUAGAUCCACCUUAGAUUCCGUUUAGAGUUUAAAUUCAGUUUGGAUUCAGUUUAGAUCCAGUUUAAAUUCAGUUUAGAUCUAGUUUAGAUCCAGUUUAGAUUCAGUUUAGACCCAGUUUGAUUCAGUUUAGAUCCAGUUUAGAUUCAGUUUAGAUCCAGUUUGACCAUUGUUGGGCACCUGCCGGACUCUCCCCUCCAUCCAGCACAAACCCAACUCAUCCCCCGCCAAACCCCGCGGUUUAGGCGCAACCACAGGUGACUCUGACACCAAUUCCCUCCUCCAGGUCCUUCCCCACAGCCCCACCAUGAUUUACUCCUCGGGCCGAGAAUCCUUCUUCAACCUCAACUCCACGUGGUACGACCCGGCGGGUUCAUGGCUGGACACGCGGCGCACGCCCUUCCGCUACGGCUACUCGGGCUGCUGCUCCUCGGGCUGCUCCAACGAGGGCGUGCAGGGCAUGUGCGGCCACGACUACCGGCACUACGGCUACCGCCAGCCGCGCUGCGCCGAGCGCUGCCACGGCUACUCGGGCUCAGCGGGCGCGUGCCAUGGCUGCGUCAGGAGGCCUACGGGCUGCCAAGGGGGUUCAGGGGGCUACGGGAGGUCCGUGUGCGCUGAGAGGUGCCAGGGUUCCUCCGGGGGGUGCCAGGGAGGGGGGUCUGGCUGUGUCAGGAGGCCCACGGUCUACCAAGGGGGUUCAGGGGGGUGCCAGGGUUAUGGGAGGUCUGUGUGCUCCGAGAGGUGCCAUGGUUCGGUGGUCCAGGGUGGGAAACCUUGCUGUGGGAAACCAGUGCAGAGCAUCCCAGUUCAGAGCUGUCCCCAACCAGUGCAGAGCUGUCCCUGUCCUGCUCCAGUGCAGAGCAUCCCAGUUCAGAGCUGUCCCCAACCAGUGAGCAUCCCAGUUCAGUGUCCUGCUCCAGUUCAGAGCUGUCCCCCACCAGUGCAGAUCUGUCCCUGUCCCUGUCCCCCUCCGGUCCAGCAGAGCUGUGUGCCCGUGGCCAAGGGCAUCCCCCGCCAGCAGAAGAGGCAGAUCUGCAAAGUUCCAGCCCAGAAGAUCAAGUAAAAGCCGCGAGGAGCGAGGGGGAACAAAAGGAAUUUGUCCCUCUCUGUCGCCGUGUCCCUGCCCCGCGCUGUCACCCAACUCUGUAACUCACCCUAAAGCUGUGACCCACUGGCACUGUGGAAUUUAAAAUUCUCCUCACCUCAUUCCACAGCAGAUGUGGAGGCAAUAAAAAAAAUGCUGGCUC